AUGGAGUGGAAAAUACUUCCCCUUUGCUUGUUGCUGCUGCUCUCUGUUUUCUUGAUGCAGCAAGUUUCGUCUCAAGAUUUAUCAAGCUGUGCAGGGAGAUGUGGGGAAGGGUAUUCUAGAGAUGCCACCUGCAACUGUGAUUAUAACUGUCAAUACUACAUGGAGUGCUGCCCUGAUUUCAAGAAAGUCUGCACUGUAGAGCUUUCCUGUAAAGGCCGCUGCUUUGAGUCCUUUGCACGAGGGAGGGAGUGUGACUGUGACUCUCAGUGUAAGAAGUAUGGCAAGUGCUGUUCUGACUACAAAGACUUCUGUGAAGAAUUGCAUAAUCCCACAUCACCACCACCUUCAAAGACUGCAUCUCCACCUCCAGGAGCAUCUCAAACCAUCAAAUCAACCUCCAAACGUUCACCCAAAUCACCAAAAAAGAAGACAAAGAAAGUUGUAGAAUCAGAGGAAAUAACAGAAGAACAUUCUGUUUCUGAAAACCAAGAGUCCUCCUCCUCCUCUUCCUCUUCUUCUUCAACUAUUCGGAAAAUCAAGUCUUCUAAAAAUUCAGCUGCUAAUAGAGAAUUACAGAAGAAACCCAAAGUAAAAGACGAGAAAAAAACUUCUAAAAAGGAACCAACCCCCAAACCACCAGUGGUAGAUGAAGCUGGAAGUGGACUAGACCCAACUCCUGACACCCCUACCACCCAACACAAUGAAGUUACCACAUCUCAGAAGACUACAACGGUAAAACCAAAAAAUCCUAAACCCAGUCUUCCACCUAAUUCUGAUACAUCCAAGGAGGCAUCUUCAAACAAUGAAGAGACAACAGUUAAAACUAAAGAGACCACUGUCACAAACAAACAGACUUCCACCAGUGCAAAAGAGAAAACUAUUUCAGCUAAAGAGACACAAAGUGCAGAGAAAACAUCCACACCUGAAGGUCCUGCUAAACCUAUACCCAAAGCUGAAACUAUGACCAAAGCCCCUGCUCUGCCUACCACCACCAAGAAGCCUGCACCCCCUACCACCAAAGGACCAGUUCCCACAACCCCCAAGGAGACUGCUCCCACGGCCACCAAAGAACCAGCUCCCAUGUCCCCCAAGGAACCAGCUCCCACCACCACCAAGGAACCCGUUUCCACAACCACCAAGGAACCCGCUCCCACCACCCCCAAGGAACCAGCUCCCACCACCACCAAGGAACCCGCUCCCACGACCCCCAAGGAGCCCGCUCCCACGACCACCAAGGAGCCCGCUCCCACGACCACCAAGGAGCCCGCUCCCACGACCACCAAGGAGCCAGCUCCCACAACUCCCAAGGAACCAGCUCCCACCACCACCAAGGAACCCACUCCCACGACCCCCAAGGAGCCCGCUCCCACGACCCCCAAGGAGCCAGCUCCCACAACUCCCAAGGAACCAGCUCCCACCACCACCAAGGAACCCACUCCCACCACCCCCAAGGAGCCCGCUCCCACGACCACCAAGGAACCAGCUCCCAUCACCACCAAGGAGCCCGCUCCCACGACCACCAAGGAGCCAGCUCCCACAACUCCCAAGGAACCAGCUCCCACCACCACCAAGGAACCCGUUCCCACGACCCCCAAGGAGCCCGCUCCCAACCCCAAGGAACCCGCUCCCACGACCACCAAGGAACCAGCUCCCACGACCCCCAAGGAGCCCGCUCCCACGACCCCCAAGGAGCCCGCUCCCACGACCCCCAAGGAGCCCGCUCCCACGACCACCAAAGAACCAGCUUCCACCACCCCCAAGGAAUCAGCAACCACAACCCCCAAGGAGCCCACUCCCACGACCCCCAAGGAGCCAGCUCCCACAACCCCCAUGGAGCCCGCUCCCACCACCACCAAGGAACCAUCCCCCACCACUCCCAAGGAGCCUGCACCCACCACUACCAAGGAACCCACAACCCCAAAGGAACCAGCACUCACCACCCCCAAGGAGCCUGUACCUUCUACUACCAAGGAACCUGUACCCACCACCCCCAAGGAGCCUGCUCCUACCACCAAGAAGCUUGUACUCACAAUGACUAAGGAACCAGUACCUACUACCCCCAAGGAGCCAGCUCCCACAACCACCAAGGAGCCCUCACCCACCACCCCUGAAGAGCCUGCUCCAACCAUCCCUGAGGAACCUGCACCCAGCAGCCCUGAAGAACCUGCCUCAACCACCCCUAAGAAGGCUGCUCCAACUACUCCUAAGACACCAGCCCCAACUACCACCAUGGAGCCUCCCACUACCCCCAAGACUCCUCCUGAAGCAACCCCUUUGUUUUCUGUAGAACCCACGCCAAAGGGUCCUGACAACAGUCCUGAGGAGCCUGCUAUACUGACAACAAAGAGUCCAGAAAUGACCAAACCUGAAAUGACCUCAACAGCUAAAGACAAGACAACAGAAAAAGAUACACGUACCACACCGGAAAGCACAACUGCUGCACCUAAGAUUACCACAAAGGAGACUGCAAGUACAGCAGAAGAAAAGACUACUGAAUCCAAAGUAACAAGUACCACCACACAAGUAACACCCACCACAACAAAAGAUACAUCACUCAAAACUACUACUCCUAAAACAACUCUUGCACCCAAAGUAACUACAAUAGAGGAGACUAUGAACAAACCUGAAGAAACAACCCCUGCACCAGAAGACUCAGUUGAUAAUUCUAAGGCCAUAACUCCAAAACCUCAGAAGCCAACCAAAGCACCCAAAAAGCCCUCUACGAAAAAGCCAACCAAAGCACCCAAAAAGCCUACUUCUACCAAAAAACCUAGCACUCCUAAAGUGAGAAAACCAAAGACUACACCAACUCUCCCAAAGAGGACUCCAACAGUGUCUGAAUUGAGCCCUACCUCUCUAGCAGAAGUCAUGCUCCAAACCACCACCAGCCCUAACCAAACUCCAAACUCAGAAAGAGCUGAAGUUCCAGGGAAGGAAGAGAUAGAUGGUGCUGAAGCAGAAAAGCCUCACAUGAUUCCCAGGCCCCCUGUGUUAACUCCUAUCGUUAUUCCAGGCAUCGAUCACUUAGUGAGAGGACCCAACCAAGGCAUGAGCAUCAACUCCAUGUUUUCAGAUGAGACCAAUUUAUGCAAUGGUAAGCCUGUAGACGGAUUGACAACUUUGCACAAUGGAACAUUAGUUGCAUUUCGAGGUCAUUAUUUCUGGAUGCUAAAUCCAUUCAGCCCACCAUCUCCACCUCGCAGAAUUACUGAAGUUUGGGGUAUUCCUUCCCCUAUUGACACUGUUUUUACUAGAUGCAACUGUGAAGGAAAAACUUUCUUCUUUAAGGAUUCUCAGUACUGGCGUUUCACCAAUGAUAUAAAAGAUGCAGGUUAUCCUAAACAAAUUGCAAAGGGAUUUGGAGGACUGACUGGGAAAAUAGUGGCAGCUCUUUCAAUAGCUAAAUACAAGAACAGGCCUGAAUCUGUGUAUUUUUUCAAGAGAGGUGGCAACAUUCAGCAGUAUACUUAUAAACAGGAACCCAUCAGAAAGUGUCCUGGAAGAAGGCCUGCUAUAAAUUAUUCAGUAUAUGGAGAAGCAGCACAGGUUAGGAGACGUCGCUUUGAACGGGCUAUUGGACCUUUGCAAACACACACCAUCAGAAUUCACUACUCACCCAUCCGAGUUGCUUAUCAAGACAAAGGUAUUCCUCACAAUGAAGUUAAAGUGAGCACAAUGUGGAGAGGGUUUCCAAAUGUGGUGACUUCAGCAAUAACACUGCCCAACAUCAGAAAACCUGAUGGCUAUGAUUACUAUGCCUUUUCGAAGGAUCAAUACUAUAACAUCGAUGUACCUAGCAGAACAGCAAGAGCAAUUACUACUCGAUCCGGGCAGACCCUCUCCAAAGUCUGGUAUAACUGUCCUUAGAUUGACGGAGAAAGGAAGAGUCAUCCACUUAAAUUGAAGA